AUGGGCGAGGACGGCAUAAACCUGCUUCCGCAGAGGCUGGUUGAACGAACCCGCAAACAUAAAGCAACGCGCGAAGAAGCCCUAAAGAGAAACUUUUGUAAGCUGCCUAUUCCAAUGUCGACCAAGAACGACAAACUGGUGCACAACCUGUCGUCAAAGGAGCUGACGGAGGAACAAAUGCAGGUUUUACGGCAUGAGGCCUCAUUCAAGACAGCCGUUGCCAAACCUGUCAACAUGAUCGCAGCGGUGGAAUCAAUCCUCAGCCAGACGGGAGCGACAGACGAAACGAAGAACCUCAUUCGACACCAAGUGUCCUCCCUCCUCAUGGCUCAUAGGCCGCGCGAUGUGCUUUCCAGGGUCAAGCGCGAUGCACUUAAGGAACUCAGGGCCGACAACGACCUCGUUAUCGUGCCUGCGGACAAGGGGCGUUCAACGGUCGUAUUGGACAGGACAGACUACAAUCAAAAAGCCAAAAGCUUGUUGGAGGAUCGUCAGUCCUAUGUCCCAUGCGAAUCCAACCCCAUGAAAACGCUGACACGCAAGAUUAAAGCGACGCUGUUGACAAUGGAGGACUCAGGUGCAAUAUCGCCAAUCGACCGACGCAUGGCGAGAGCACAAGAAACGGCCCUAGCCCGAUUCUACGGUCUCCCAAAAGUGCACAAAGAGGGCGCUCCUCUCCGGCCUAUCGUAUCACUAAAGGGCACUCCAACCUACGGAUUGGCAAAGUGGCUGUUCCAACGUUUCAAGUUUCUGACCUCCGAUUCGAACACCACAGUCAGUUCAUCAACGCAAUUCUUGGAGAAAAUUAAAGAAGUAAGUCUCCUGCCAAGCGAUAUCAUGGUUUACUUUGAUGUCACGUCCCUUUUUACUUCUAUCCCGCAGGACCUGGCAGUCCAGACAAUCGAACUACUCCUACGAGGGAAGUACGACGAAACAGAGAAUCGCCUCGGACACGCCCAAAUCAUCCAGCUCCUGAAGUCCUGUCUCAAGACGUACUUUACAUUCGACGGAACAAUCUCCGAGCAGGUGAAGGGAACGCCAAUGGGUUCGCCGAUUUCGGGACUCAUAGCCGAGGCGGUCCUACAACGGCUGGAGUCGCUGGUUUUCCGACACCACAGACCGAAAUUCUGGGCUCGGUAUGUGGAUGACACCUUCGUCGCCAUCGAACGGGAUCAGGUGCUGACUUUCAAAGAACAACUCAACGCCGUCUUCCCGGACAUUCAAUUUACGAUGGAGGAGGAGGAAGACAAUCAACUGGCCUUCCUGGAUGUCCUCGUCUGCCACAAAGAUUGUGGUGGCCUAAAAACCAAAGUGUUCAGGAAAGCGACAAACACAAGGCCAAUACUGAACUUCAAUAUCAAUCACCCGAUCAGUCACAAACGCAGUUGCGUAAGGGCGCUAUACCGGCGCGUUGAGACGCACUGCAGUGAAAUGAAAGACAAGGUUACUGAAUUACAAUAUCUUCGACGGGUGAUGAGAGCCAAUGGCUAUCCGCGCAACUUUGUCAACCAGUGCAUACGAAAAGGACACCAGAAACCAGAUCCAACUAGCCCCACAUUUUGGCGGGCUCUUCCGUAG